AAAUAGCAGACUGGUGCGCAUGCGCGUAGAUGCGCACGCUGCUUAAUAGAGUUGUGCCACUUCAAAACAAACCGCGUACACCCAAAAAUACUCAAAACGAUGCUCAGAAAAUUCAGGUGAUGAUACUUACACAAUGGCUAAUCCAGCUAUUCGGAUGUUACGGCGGCUAGAGGGUCUUUUUUGUGUUUACAAACCCUCUGGUGUCCACUGGAAACUCGUACGGGACACCAUCGAGACCAAUCUUCUUAAAGGUUUGAACGCCACACCGUCCCAGCCGGUUCCUCAGGAGGUCCGCUUCUUUACCUCAGCAGACAGUGAUGCUGAAGCAUCCAAGGGACUCACACUGUCUGCAGCCUCUGUGCCAGUACUUUCCAAGCAUCCUCUGGUGACUGGACCUGAAUUCCAGCAAAUCAAAGUUGGAGUAGGACAUCGGCUGGAUGCAUUUUCUUCUGGUGUUCUUGUUCUCGCUGUUGGGAAUGGAAACAGGACCCUAAAUGAUUUCUACAGAACACGAGUCACAAGGGAUUAUACACUGCAGGGAGAAUUUGGGACUGCAUCAGAUGAUUUCUCUAACACAGGCCGGGCUUUGGAAAGGUCCACCUAUGGUCACAUCACACAGGACAAUCUGGACAGAGUCUUGGCAAUGCUGCAGGGAGUCAACCAAAAGGCCAUGUUAACGUAUUCCAACGUAGACAUGCGCUCGCAGGAAGCUUAUGAGCUGGCUGCGCAGGGUUUACUUGGUUCAGACAUGAAAUUGCUGCCUAUUCUGACAGGCCUGCGUUGCAUUCACUUUCAGCCGCCCAACUUCACUUUAGAAGUGCAGUGUGCCAAUGAAACUCAGAAAUAUUUGCGCAAAGUUGUGCAUGAGAUAGGACUGGAGCUGCGCAGCACAGCAGUGUGUAAAGGAGUCAGGCGGACCAGAGACGGACACUUCAGCUUGCAGGAUGCCCUGACCCGUCACCACUGGACUGCUUCUGAUGUCAAGCAGGCUGUAAAACAAUACCACUUGACCAUUAAGAGUAAAAGACAAUCCCGCCCACAGAUCAAGGACCAAGCGUUACAACCACCUGAGGAGAAUACAACGGCAAAAGUAACAAAACACAAUAGAUCCACAGUGAGUCUGAGCCCAAUCCCAGUAUCAACAGAACUGUAAGCGGAGUCCCUGGUUUGUGAAAGAGAAAGUAUGAAAUUCAUAUUGUUAUUCUUUAGAACAAAAAUGGUUGUGCUACAAUUGUAAACAGCUAUAUGAGAUUUUGCACCAAUACCCCCCCCCCAAGAUUGCAAAUUGAAAGACUUCCAGGCAAGAUUUCCUUUUCCGUGUGACUUUAACAUCUGCAAAGUAAAUGCCAUAACAUCCAGGAUUUACUUCAUCUGCCAGACAAUAAUAUCGACCGAUAUUAGCAUAUGUAGUGACUAUUGGUAUCUGCUACUUUUAUCUCAAAUAUGUGCCGAUAUUACUAAAUUUCUACAGCAGUCCAGUAGCGUUUCAUUUGAGUUUCAUUGUAUUACACUAGCGAUUAUUUUUUACAAGCAGAGUGUGCGAUAUGGAUUACAACAAGAAUCAUCACUCUCCAGAGAGUCAAGAGGUGAUCCAUGAACAUGGGCAGUUACUUUGCAGUUGAGUAACCAUCCUGUCUUACUUAUUCAUCUUUUCUACAAGUUUUUGAUAACUGCAUUUGAGACAUAAAUCUAUAUUUAUCUCUACAGAUGAAAGAUCUCCCUAAUAUCGAUAUUGGCAUUGGACCCAAAAAAUCCCAUAUCGGCCAUGCCCUAGUUUAAAAGUCUGAAAUUACAGUUGAAUAUUCUCUGUUCUUCCUCUAUUUAGUACCAAAUUAAGUUAUACUUCACAGUACACCUUUGAAAAUGAUUUGGGUUGUGUUUUAAAAUGACUUACCUGUCAAUAAAGCGUUAAGUUUUCGUCUUA